AUGGGGAAGAAGAAGAUUGAGAUUAAGAAGAUAGAUGAUAAGAAAAAGAGAAGCGUAACAUUCACCAAAAGACGUCAAGGUCUGUUUAAGAAAGCUGAUGAAUUAUGUAGUCUCACUGGUGCAGAUAUUUCUCUGCUUGUAUUCUCCCCUAGUGGAAAAUUAUUUACGUUUGGUUGCCCUAAUUCUGAUGAAGUCCUUAACAGAUUUCCUGUGCAAGAAGAUGAUGGGAAGAUGACGAGUAGAUCAGAAAAUGGUGAUGGGUUUUGGUGGAAUGAUAUAAAAAUUGACGAACUUGAUACUCUGGAGAAGGUAGACGCUGUGAGAGAACAAUUGCUUGAAGUGAAGGGUCUUGUUGCCAAGAGAAAGGAAGAGUUACUUGCAUUGUCCACUCCUUCAGCAGCGGCAAAAGAAACUAGUACUGAUAAUAUGGAGGAUUCUUGUAUGUUUUCAGUGAAUGAAGAUAACCACUCUUGGUUUCCUACUCUAACGUCUGAUGAUAUGAAUGAGUUUGAUGAUUUAUUGAAAGAUUUCUAUGUUGAUCAGAAUAUGCAACAACUGCCCAUUUAUUAA